AUGAAAUUCAACCUUUUUUUGCUCCUUAUAGCCACCCUUCUCGUUGUCGGGUCGUCUCAGCAGAAUGUUUAUAAUAUUCAAGACUUUACCACCAAAAAAUAUUGGGCAAUAAAUAAAACUUCUAAAACUCCUCAAGUUGGUCUAGUAACAAACAAAGGUCAAGCUGAAACGUGGAAAAUAACUACUGCUGCAGAUGGCAAAUCUUACAUUAGUCCCAAUAGCGAUAUUAAGUUAUUAGUCACAUACAAGAAGGACGGAGAACCUCUUGCUCUUGAAAGUACUACAGGUAAAGCAUCGGAAUGGAAACUUGUAAAUACACAUACUUCCGAUUUGGUAGCCAUUCAAUCUUUUGCAAAUCCAAAUGAUUAUGCAAAUGUCGGAGGAUUUUUUGGUAAUUCGGUUGUUUCUAGUGCUAAUAAUCAAGACACGCAUUGGAAAUUAGAACAAAUUCACUUAAAACGUGUAACUAAAUAA